CCCCCCCCCCCCACCAAGCCCAUCCAGAUCCCGGUUCUGCUGAGCUCCGACACCUGGGACGCGACUUGUCAACUGCACCUAAGAUCAGCCGUCUACAAGUAUUUGUCACGAUGCAGACCCGAACUGCCUUUACAAACCAAACCCCGCUUCCCAGCACGGUCUCCGAGAAUGCCGUCCUACGAACCCUUCGCGACCACGCCGCCAUGAUCGAACAGAACCCCCUAGUUAUUCAUUACGAGCGAUGUGCUCCCCCGGAAGAUGCACCCGCCGAGGAAGCCCACGGGAUCUGGUAUGAGCUGACGGACCGGAUUUCAUAUCUUCCGUGGGGUCUGCUGCAAGGCAAAGUGCGAUAUCGAGGGUGUUUCCACGAUACCCCACAAGGCCUCCGAACCCAUAUUUAUGCGCCGAUGGGGGUGCAUAUCCGCAAUCAUUGGACGGUCCAUCGCAGGCACAGGGAGCCUACUGCGGGCGAGGAUGAUCCGUCGGGUGAGUUGUACUUGCAGGAGGAGAUUGAGCUUCGGUGCCCAUUCGGAACGACGAGUUUCGUGCGUCGCACGCUGUCGCAGGCACAUCGCGAGUUAGUGGCGCGACUGGCGGAGGCUGGGAGGGGUUGAGGGAGGAGCUAGAAGCAGGAUCAGCCUACGGAUCCGCAUCCUGGGCCACAUGGACUUUGAAUAGACCCCAUUGGACCGAGAGGGGAAUAUGGAUAGAUAAAGCAGCGCCGUGUCUCUUGUCUCUGGUAUGAUUGUCAAAUUGUCUCGUCCAUCCAGAGAGGGGCCGUGGGAUUGGCGGGGUGGGGGAAGAUUUGUCAGUGCGCAUUUGGGGAAUUUGGAAUUAUCGACGACAACCAAUGAUGUCAUCCCAUCUGGUCCCCAGUAGCUCCAAUGGCAUGGAUGGCUUGGAUGGCUUGGAUGGCUCGCAGCGGUUUCUGUGGAAAAGUACGCAGGAUUUGGCAUUUUGGUCAGCAUCUUGGUCAGGUUUACGCCUUGCCUUUCGUACCGCUCGCCCUGAAUGCCCGUGGAAGCCCCGCUCAUUGAGGAUUCAGUCCGGGUCAUAGACCCCCCAAAAGGCCCACGAGAUAGGAAACCGGUGGACGGUCAACGAAGACUCAACGGAUUGACUUCGGUCCAGGGUUCCAGGCUUGUCCGAUGGACGCAAGUGCAGGUGCAAGUCUGAAUAAGCAUUCCACUUGAGUUUUAGUAAUUGUUAUGAUUGCCCGUCUCGCAGAGUAGUCCCAGAAAAUUGAAACCAUUUAAAUACUCCACGCACUCCCAAGAUUCCUCUUCUUUCUCCUCCCAAGGUCCCCCUGCAUUCCCCCC